AUGGACAACUCGCACCCCGUCGUACCCUACAUCGGACAGGCCGCAUGGGCGUUCGUCCAGCCUCACUUCUCGCAGCACGGCAAGGACACUCUCGCGAACCUCAUCGCCUUUGUCGAGGAAGAAUGCAUCCCGGCCGAAAAGCUCUUCCACGACCAAAUCUCGACCGACCCAUCGACACGCUGGAAGUCCUACCCGGCGGUGAUCGAGCAGCUCAAGCAGAAGGCCAAGGACCGCGGGUUGUGGAUGUUGUGGGCCAACAAGGCGCAGUACCAGCAGAUCGGGAACGGGUUGAGUAACCUCGAGUAUGCGGUCAUGGCGGAGAUUAUGGGUCAUGCGAUUCGCGUUGCGCCCGAGGCGACUAACUCGAGCGCACCCGACACUGGCAACAUGGAGGUCCUCGCCCGCUACGGCAACGACGCCCAGAAGCGCCAGUGGCUCCAGCCCCUCGUCGAGGGAAAGAUCAGGAGCAGCUUUGCCAUGACCGAGUAUGGGAUCGCUAGUUCCGACGCGACCAACAUCCGCACCUCGAUCGUGCUCGACGAGAAGACCAACGAAGUGGUCAUCAACGGCCACAAGUGGUGGAUCUCGGGCGCGGGAGACCCGAGGAACAAGGUUCAUCUCGUGAUGGGCAAGUCGGACCCCAAGGCGAACAAGUACAACCAGCAGAGUAUCGUCAUUGUCCCGAGCGACACGCCGGGCGUCAAGCUUGUCCGCCCCAUGCAGGUCUUCGGCUACGACGAUGCCCCGGAGGGCCACUUUGAAGUCAGGUACGAGAACGUCCGCGUUCCCGCAUCCAACCUGAUCCUCGGUCUCGGCCGCGGGUUCGAGAUCAUCCAAGGCCGCCUCGGACCCGGUCGUUUGCACCACUGCAUGCGUUCAAUCGGCCUCGCCUCGCGCGCUUUGGAGUUGGCCCUCCUGCGCGCGACGGACGAGCGCAAGCAGACGUUUGGGAAGAGCUUGUACCAGCACGGGACGGUCGUGAGGGACAUUGCCGAGUGCAGGAUCAAGAUUGAUCAGGCUAGGUUGUUGGUGCUCAGUGCGGCGCUGGUCGUGGAUAAGCACCCGGAGAGGGCAAAGGGCGCGUUGAGGGAGAUUGGGAUGGCAAAGGCCUUCGUCCCGACCGUCGUCAACGAAGUCAUCGACCGCGCGAUGCAGCUCCACGGCGCCGAAGGAAUCUGCCAGGACACCCCUCUCGCGCAGAUGUGGGCCGGAGUCCGCACCCUCCGCUACGCCGACGGACCCGACGAAGUCCACCUCGACCAACUCGGCCGCACGGAGCUCAAGAAGGUCCCUGAGAUUCGCGCGAAGCAUGAGAGGUUCCGCAGGCGCGAGGAGGAGGUGACGAAGGGACAGAAGACGGCUUCGAAGCUUUGA